AUGGCGACACGGAAGGAAGACAGCCUCCUCGCCAACUGGAAGUGCAUGCUUGCUGUGGUGAUUGUUUCCAUGUCGCCAUNNUUCAGGUAUAAACAUAUACAUUUAUGGAUACGAAGAUCCAAGCCUCCCUUUGGGCUUCAACAUAUCUACCACGAGACAACAGCUCAUUUCUUCUUUGAUGGUGCUGGGCGCUGUGAUUGCGUCUGGCUGCGCUGGGCCUAUCGCAGCGAAGUUAGGCCGCAGAAUUUGUCUGUGGAUGGCAUGUGUUCUGCUAUCUGUCGGAAAUAUAAUUAUGAUGUCUUUCGCAGCNUUAUCGGUACCAUUGUCGAUAACUUCACAGCCAAANGAGAAGGCAAAAGCUCAUACCUCAUCCCACUCGGGCUGAUUUAUGUUGUCCCCGCCAUCAUCUGUAUCGGCUUGAUUUUCAUUCCGUGGGUGCCCUCCACAGAUUUCUCGUCCAGACAAAACCUGACAACCAUACCAGGGNAAUCACCUCGCUGGUUGCUCGAACAUGAGCGACCGGAGCAAGCCCGCAAAUCUCUCUCAUGGCUUCGCCCUGAUCAAGCCCGUGUUGACGAAGAGAUCUCUGCAAUCCAGGCAGGGAUUGACCAAGAGAAAGCCAUGAGAUCGGAUGUCAGCGUCUGGGAUAUGUUCAGAGAUCCCAUCGAUCGCAGGAGGACCAUUCUCUCGGUUGCCGCUAUCAACACUCAGGCGGCAUCUGGUGCUAUGUUCAUCAUCGCGUCCAAGGUCAUCGUUGCGCUGAGCGUAAUCUACAUCUUCAGUUACAAUGUAGGCAUCCUCCAAAAGCAAUUUAAAAGAAGGCAUACGCUGACACUCUGCCACAGGNGCCUCAUUGCCACUUACGCCUGGCUGUCUGGUGGAGAAAUUCCAUCGCAAAGGCUACGAUCGUAUACAUUCGGCCUUGCAGCUUCGAUCGGAUUCAUCGGCGCUUGGUUGGCCACCUUCACAGCACCUUACUUCAUCAACCCCAGCGCAUUGAACUGGGGUCCAAAAUACGGAUACAUCUGGGCACCCUCCUGCGUCGUCGCUGCUGUGUUCAUCUACUUUUACCUCCCCGAGAUCAAAGACAGAACAUUAGAGGAGAUAUCCGAGAUGUUUGAGAUUGGAUUGCCCGCCAGGAAGUUCAAGGGGUACAAAUGUGUCGGCGCUGCCGUCGCUGUGGCUGCGGAGAAGAAGGGAAAGGGUGACAGCAUCGAGGUCACCACUGAAGAAGUGGUCUGGCAGGACCCCAAGGCUACGUCUGAGUCCGCAGCGGUUGUUGCUUGA